AAAAAUUAUCCCAGUACUCGAUAUAUAAAUUGCCACCACCACCAAGUACUCUUUGUUAUACUUCUCUUCGUUCAUUUGAUUUUACGGGAGAAAUUAAAAAUUAAGCAAGAAGCAAUGGAAAGUGAAGAAUCAAGUCGACCCUCCAUAGGUUUUCCUCUAGGUUUAGCCCUUUUAUUGGUCAUGUUGUUUUUGAUGAGUGGGUUUUUCACUUGCUGCCUUCACUGGGACAAGCUACGAUCUCUAUUCGGAGCUUCCACUGAAGAAAACUUCCAUACUCCGCAAGAUAUCGAGCAAUUACCCCAGAAACCUACUCCUCAUCAGGAAUCAAAGAGAAAUAAGGCAGAAAGCCUGCCAGUUUUGAUGCCAGGGGAUCAAGUACCUAGGUUCAUAGCAAUGGCCUGUCCAUGUGAACCUCCGUUACUAGAGAAGAUCACCAUCAAAGUGCAGAAGCCACCCACUUACCCAGUUCCCCUAUAUUUAUAAUUUUUUUAAUUUGUUUAUAUUCUAUAAAUGAUCAAUGAUUAGAGAAAUUUCUUGUACUGUAUAAUUUGAACUUUAGAUGUUCUAUAUUUAAAAAUAAUUUUGAUAUUAUUAAAUUAAAAUUCUUUUUUCUUUA